AUGGCAAGCUUAAAACCCUUCGUAACUCUGCUUGGUCAGCCAAUACUGUCUUGCUCACUACAAAGGCAAGCAUUUGCUAUUACAAAAUUUACUGCCACUCAAAUUCCCAAAACAGCUAUUUUGGGCAUUCGCCAGUACAGCAGCCGUCAACAGCAGCACGGUGACAGAAUGAUCUUGUUACGAGAUUAUGGCGUAUUUGCUACCUACAUACCUCCAGAAACUUCACCUGCUCUAACAGAUUUUAAGAACUGGAGGUUAACCAAGUGGAGAAAUUUGAAAAAUAGUGUCCAAAACUUUUUGUGUGUUGGAUUAAUCAAAUACAAAUCAGAGUAUGAAAAAUGGAAUUCAGCAAAAUUCUUAGCAGAAGCUCACGAAACUUACAAAGACAUGAACGAGGCAUUCGCGAGAGGUAAUCGUGACAUUCUGGAAGAGGUAUGCUUGGACUCCAUGUAUAGUAACCUGAAAAAUCAAUUAAAGUCCCGUGGAAACAAUGUUCGUUGGGAAUGGAAAUAUCACGGUGAUGUCGAGCAACCAAGGAUUGUUUGUGUCCGUUUAGUGGGCAAUUCAGGGUUAAGUAAAGGAGGAUUUGCAGUUGGGCAAGUAGCAGUGAGAAUGUUCACCAAACAGUCUAUGGCAGUUUUCGAUAACAAGAAAAACAAGCUGAUUGGUGGUGACCCUUCUAAAAUCCAUAACGUACUAGAGUAUGUCGUUUUCCAAAAGACAAUUUCUGACCCAGAGGACAUAUGGAGAAUUUAUGGUAAAAUCGCCUCACCAGAAAAACUGAAGCAAAAAGCUCAAGAAUUGUCUUGA